AUGGCAGCAACGAAAAAGAAGAUUCCUACAGUCGAGAUUAUCUCAAAGGAGAUGAUAAAGCCAUCAUUACCCACUCCCUCUCAUCUCCGCACCUACCAAAUCUCUUCCCUCGAUCAAUUGGUCGAUCUCAGCUACAUCCGGGUCGUUUUCUUCUACAAUCGUCCACUCGCCGGCGAGACUAAUGACGUUAUUCAAGUCCUCAAAAGUUCACUAUCCGAAACCUUGACCCAUUACUACCCUCUUGCCGGAAAGUUCGUGGAGGAGGAUGCCUUGAUUGACUGCGACGACUCCGGCGCUGAAUUUACCACCGCCGUCAUUGUCGGCGGCGAAGAUGGUGAAUUUUUGGAUGCGAUCGAGAAUCCAGAUAUGGGUUUUCUGGAAAAACUAGUUAGCAAGGAACAUAAUUUAACGAAAAAAGAAGAUGAGAUUCUAGCUGUUCAAAUAACCCGAUUUCCUUCCGGGGAAGUCACAGUCGGAGUUUGUAUUUGUCACAAGAUAUCAGACGCAGCCACAUUAAGCUCCUUCCUGAAAUUAUGGUCGGCGGCAGCCAGAAUCUUAAUCUCCGGCGAAUCGAGUUUCAAAGAACUGAUUCCUCUAGGACCUGUUUUCGACGCUCCUAGAAUAUGGCCUUCCGUUCCAGGAUUAACCCGUCCAUCGUUCAACUUCAAAGAACAGAAAAUGAUAGUGAAAAAGUUUGUUUUCAAUCCUUCGAGUUUAACAAGACUGAAGGAAGAGCUGUCGGGAGGGGACAUCGUUCCGACGAGAGUCACAUCUUUGACGGCGCUCAUUUGGCACACCAUAAUGAAUUGUUCAUCCGGACCACCGACGAAGCACAUACUUGUAUUACCAGCAGAUAUUCGCAAAAGAAUGUCUCCGCCUCUCCCUUCUAACACAUUAGGGAACAUAACAAAAGUAGCAACGGUGGAUGUUGUUGCUCCACCGUUGACGGUGGAGGUACGGGUGGUUUUGGGUCUGAUAAAAGAGGCAAUAGGGAAAAUGGAUGAGGAAUAUGGCAAGAAGAAAGGGCUGCAAAUUUCGAAAGAGAUUUCUUUUCCAUCUAAAUUGAAUAUGACUAUAAUAAUAAGUUGGUGUUGGUUGCCUUUUUAUGAGGUAGAUUUGGGUCUAGGCAGACCCAUUUGGAUGACUUCUUUAAGAGGACGAUCUAUUUUCAAUGACAUUUUAUUACUUGAUGGGCAGAAUGGAGGAAUUGAAGCAUUGAUUGGGCUAAAUGCAGAGACAAUGGACAAGUUUGAGAAGAACCCAACUCUUCUCUCUUUUUGUGAUCACAUCACUACAUUACAUAUGGGUGAUUAA